UCCAGCCAUCUUGGUGUGACAGACAACCAAAAGCGAUGGUUAGUUGUUGGAAUAGCACUCAACAAGAUUCUUGUGCCACAGAUCCGACCAUUUGUUGAACGAGAGGUUGAAAAGCAAUACAACAAUCUCAAGACGAGCCACAAUAUUAACACACAAAGUUCUUCUGGUCGUCUUAAGAGCUGGCAUAAGUUUUUGAAGUAUGAGAAUAUUAAUAAUAACAAUCUUCAUCCUAAGCUUCGUGGUGGAAAAUGGGAUUACUCUGUCUUUGACUGCAAAGUAUUAUCUCACGUUGACUUUGCGAAGUUGUACGUUGAAAACUACAUGGCCAAGUUCAACGCUUUCGAUGACCACUGUGAUGCUUCAGCUGUACUGUCAUUGCUUGGGAGUGUUCCUGUGUUCUCAAGCUCUGUAAAGGUUGCUGCUGCUGAUGUAAGAGUUGCUGUAAGAAAUGACUGGGCGCACUGCGUGUUCAGUAAAUGGGACCUCGCCAAGUUUCAGCAGGUCUUUGCUGAAAUGGAGGAUCUUGUAAGAACCUUGGGUCUACCAGCAGCAGAUGAAGCAAACCUUCUGGGAGAAUUAAAAGAUUGGGAAACGAAAGGUAAGGGAACAGCCACAUGAAUUUUUACGAGAAAGCCAGCAUCUUAAACUAAAACAGCAUGACAGAGAGCCUUAGUAGUCACUAAUUUCUCUCUCUAUUAGGGACCGGUCAAUGAGGUGGUCAGCAAAUUUUAUGCAUGGAUGAAAGGGGGGAUGUAAAAAUUUACGAAGGUAUACUGACAAUUUUUCUCAAGACAUUAAUCAAGUAUAAUCAGAUAAACAACCAAUAAAAUUUGUACAGAAAAAAAUGUUUAUUAAUUCUUUUUAGUAACAAUUUGAAACUCAGAAUUGGUCAACAUCCCCUCAACUUUCAUCCGCCUCAUCAUUUUGAACUGUCUGAUCAUUUUCAUCUUACUCGUCAUUUUAGCGUUUUCGUCCAGCUCAUCAUUUUCUUUGUCUUCACUAUUACUGAGUACAGUAUUUCCUUCCCCCUUUAUCACUGCUUCCUACAAAGCUCUUUGAUGUAGGAAACGGAUUCGUUGGAUAGCAUGAUUAAUGUUAGUUUCAAGCAUGUCUGUGAUCUUUUUCAACUAUAUAUUCAGCAAUGUCUCUCACUUUCUCCUCCACCUAAAAAACGGUUUUCCUAUAAUAUCUUCAUCCAGUUUUCUUGAUUACUCAUGUCCUGGUUAAACUUCUCCAGACUUGGUAAAGUGAGAAAACGGAUGCUUUUGUGCUUCUAUGUCUAUCUUCUUCUAGAUACUUGACUUUAUGCCUUUUAUCACUUUUGUAUUGUUGCUCAAGACUGAGGCUGUAAAGAUUUGUAUUCUUAACAGAAUUAUUUCCCUGCAGCAGCGGGAUUACGAGUGUUCACAACACUUGCUUUCGUUUUCUUAUUUUAAUAGUCUUGUGACAAAAGAUUUUGAAUCAUACUCACGUCUUCUCGUCAUAAAAACCACGACCAUUCCGACAGUGGGAAUACCUGGACUUGUAAAAUAAUGGCCAAGGCUUGUAGUGUGGUUGCAUUUGCGAUCCAGCCGAACCUUUAUUCUUCCCGUGGACGUUCAUUAACGUCAUUUAUUAGAUUGUGAAUUGAUAUGUGAUUACAUAUAGGUGGUUACAGGCGUUUGUGGUUUAAAUGUGUCAAAUGUCUUUUGUCAACAGCAAGUAGAAAGCACGCACACUUUCAUGUAAGCUGAAAAAUUCUUACGUUGCUUAUUUACAAGGGCGAAAGUAGCACCUGAGUUAUUUGAAAAUGGCCUUUUUUAUACUAAGGACUCACUAUCCGUCUUGACGAACUUGGGCAAACAUUUUUUAGUUCGUCUGGUUAUGAGUCUACUAUAAAGACGGGCGGAAGACGCAUUGUGCUUCCAGACGAACUACCUUUCGUAGUGCGUCCUUCAAGACGUAUUUCGAAGGAAAGUUCGUCCAGACGCAUGAUUUGGCAUAAUGCGUCUUGUACCCUUAUUUAUACUUGAGACGCAUAACCCAGACGAACUACAAAUGUUUGCCCAGGUUCGUCCAGACGGAUAAUGCGUCCUUAGUACAAAAACGGUCAAACCUGAAGAGGGGCUUACCUACAAGCAAUGUUGUGCAAAGUCUGCGCGGUUACCUUGCAUACAUUAGCAAUAACACUUGCGAAUGUUACUCAUUUUGAUAAGUUUAUGGUGGUGUGCUUGUAUCCGGUGUGUAAAUGUUACCAGGUAGAGAAAAUACUAAGUAUAAUUGUUACGUUGAUAAGACACAUGGGGGGACGCUAAGAAAAGAACCUCCAGCUUUUCAUGUCAUAUGACUUCCUUUAUUCUUGCAGCGCUAUCAUCUGAGCGGGUGGGGUUGGUGUAUGCCUUAGUAUUUCCGAGUUCAAAUCCUGGACUACGUUUGUAAAUCGCCAGCUGGUUUGCCUCAGGCCAGUUGGGAUUCUUAACCCUGCUAAAUUUCAUUUGAAUUAAUUAUUUGUUUCAGACAUUAUCUCGGCCCACUACAUUAUAUAUUUUUAUUAUUAUAUUAACUUAAAGUAUUAUUUUUGUUCCCUUGGAUAUAAAACUUGAAUUUGCAGUCCAUGACGAGUGUGAUCAUGGAAUGAUGAAAAAAUUUUCAAAUAGUCUAACGUUGAUUUUUCCGAACGUCUUGAUUGACUCACCCUUUAAAUUAAUCUGCAUAUCGCCAACAACAUAGUACUGAGACCGGCAGCCCUGUUGAAGGUAGCAAAUGGCAUACUACUGAAAAUGAAUUCAAAACAUGCUACCAUCUCAGUAUUAUUAGAUCUUAGCACUGCCUUCGACACUGUAGAUCAUGAGAACUUGAUAAGGUGCAGUGCUUGUAUACUAAAUUUGGCGUACGAGGAAAGACCGUCAGCGGGGUGAAGUCCUACCUUAUCGAUCGGAGCCAACGCGUAUCACUGAAUAGUGCUACCUCCGGAAAGUUUAGCUUGAGUUUCCUGUAUGGGGCCCUUACUCUUUGUCGUCUACGCUUCCAAGUUGUUCGAUAUUAUUGAGUCACAUUUACCAUUUAAGUUCCGUGUUUUGCUGAUGACUCACAGUUAUAUUUAUCAUUUAAACCUGAGCUGCAUGCCAAAACACAAUACGAAGCCGUUGCACCUGUAGAGAAUUUUGUACGUGAUCUUAGAACAUGGAUGCUUCAAGACAGGUUGAUGAUAAAUGAUGACAAGAUCGACUGAGUUUAUAAUCAUUGGUUCCAAGCAACGGCUUUCCAAGCUCAACGAGUGUUCAAUACGGGUCGGCAGAAAUGAUGUUCAAUUCCCUGUUAACACAGUGAGAAACCUAGUAGGCUCCUGGUUUGACUCGAACUUGUCAAUGUCAACGCAUAUUAACAAGUUGUGCAGUACCGCCUUCUUUUAUCUUCAUAAUAUCCAAGGUAUCAGGAAGUAUUUUGACCAGAAAAGUCUCCUAACGUUAUUGCUUGCUUUUAUUACAAGCCGACUGGAUUAUUGUAACAGUGUACUGUACGGACUUCCAAACACUGAGAUCUCCAAGUUGCAAAGAUUCAACAACGCUGCAGCUAGAACUGUUACCUUUUCAUCUAAGUUCAGCCAUGUGAUCCCUGUACUUUGUGAACUUCACUGGCUGCCAGUGAGAUUUCGUAUUUCUUUUAAGAUGCUUUUAAUCGUUUUUAAAUCUUUGCUUAGUCAGACACCCCAGUAUAUCAGUAAUUUAAUUUCAGUAAGGAAUCGGUCUGCCUAUUAGAUGUGAUCAAAUGAUGGAUUACUACUAGAUUUCCCUCGUGGGAAGAUGUUGACAUCUUUCGGAGACAUCUUUUUCUGUUGCUGCUCCCACAUUGUGGAAUGCCUUGCCCACCUCGUUAAGGAAAUAAAAAACAGAUCAACUGUUUAAAUCCUGACUCAAAACAUAUCUUUUUAAACUAGCUUUUAAUUCUUAGUAUUUUUAAUUUUAUUUUCUUUAGGAAUUUUAUUAGAUUUUUUAGAAUUCAUGUUGUAAUGCGCCUUUGAUUAUUGCAUGUUAAAAGGUCAAAUAUAAGUGAUUAAUUAUUUUUAUUGACUUAACUUUUUUAAAAAGGGACUUCCCCCUCUCAUCAGUUUUGGCUUUCAUUGUUUUAAAGGAACUUCCCUGUGUAUGAACUCACCUGUAGACCAACAUUUGCUUCAGCUGGUUCAACAGGACGUGAAAUUACUUGAGAAUGCUGUGAAGCAUAUGUCUGUAGAAUCAGAUGAGGAAAAGACGAAAGUCCUUGAUGAGCUUCAGAAGUGCUGGACCUCUUUGGAGGACAUGAAGAACAGAGUAACACUGAUUGAAAACAGAGUUUAUGGUUUUGAAAACAGAGUUGGUGGUUUUGAAAACAGAGUUGGUGGUUUUGAAAACAGAGUUGGUGGUUUUGAAAACAGAAUUGGUGGUUUUGAAAACAGAGUUGGCGGUUUUGAAAACAGAAUUGGUGGUUUUGAAAACAGAGUUGGUGGUUUUGAAAACAGAGUUGGUGGUUUUGAAAACAGAGUUGAUGGUGUUGAACACAAGACUGCUCUUAUUAUGUAUAUUUUAUGUGCCGUUCUGAUGCUCGUCUUUACAUCAACAAGAGAAACUAGUUCCACUGAAAAUAAUUUCGAGGAUGUCCAUAAUGGAGUUGGUAGGGUGGAAAGCAGAUUGAAUGGAUUUAACAGCGGUGUUGUUAAUCUGAAAGGUAGGGAUCAAAUUGACGUCUUUUUAAUACUGAAAAUGUAUCUAAGUUAAAGUUUCUGUUGGUCGAGUAAUAUGAACAUAGUAUAUACCUACGCUUUCUAUAGAUGUCUUCUCAAAUUUCGAUUCAAGUAAUAUAAGAGACUUUUCACCAAGUCCUCUUUUUUGGACUGGUUUCGGCCAUUUAGUAUAGGAAUAGCUAAAAAUGGGUUUCGCAAAAAUAUGGGAAUAAAGCCGCUUUUUUGUUUUUCUCGCUCCAUUUUUUCGCUUUGCCUUUCCUUUUUUUUAUCCAGUUUUGAUGCUCACUUUAUCGUCUUUUUUUCGUGUGGAACUGCGCAAAGGGGGAAAAGGGGGCAAAAUUAAUCUGCAAAGUGUAAUUAGUCAUUAUAGCGAAAUAGGCAGUAAAUUUUUUACCAAAAUGAUACUUGGUUUUGUGGGUGUAACUCUUUUAGGAUUGGUCAGAAUUUCCAAAAAGAGGUAUCGGUGGAAAGACCUAUCUUUGCUGACGUUUCUGUUUAUCAUUUUAAUAGCUAAAAUGGAAAACUAAAAGGGUCCAGGUGCCACCUUUGACUGGUAACUUGCAAUCUUAUUAACAUUUUGGUUUUGCUCCGCGUACUUUGGAAAUAACUAGGUAGAUAAAUAAAUUAACCAAAGGUGGCUCGACCCAGUACUUUAAUUUGCAAGUACACCUUCCAUCUUUGAAUCUCAUAUACUUAAACAAUUUGAUCUUUAUUGUAAAAACAUUAUGACACAUGUAUUACACAUAGACUAAACUUUAUUAUGAUAUUAUUUUUUUGCGCGAUCGGAAUAAAUAUCACGUGACAAUGACGUCACAACAUUUUUAGCUCUAAAUCGAAUUUCUGCCCUUUUCGGCAUUUUCUUUAGAAAUGCUUUUCGCUACGUACACUUUGGACCGGAUUGUCUUCUGUAGCGUGAAGUUUCACAAAAAUCGAUGGGAGGAAUUUCGAGAUAUCUUUGAAUUUCUAUAAAAAGGGUAUAAAUUAUGCAUCAACUGAAGGCUGGACUUAAUGCAGACAAAUUUGCUACCUUCAUGUAAGUUAUCAAUAAUAAUGGGCCUAAUAUAGAGCCUUGCACGACAGCAAUCGAAACAGGCGCAAUUUCAGAGCAUACCGUCAUUGCAGUUGCUCACUUGUUUUCUAUUCGUUAAAAAUGAGGUAAACCAGGCUUUGGCAGUAUCAUCAACAGCAAGACUUAAAAGCUUCUUGUAUGAUUAAAAGUGUUAAACGGGUUAGCGUGUGACAUAGAUGCUCACAUGCAUGCACCUUCAUUAAGCAGUUUUAAGUCCUAUCUAUUAGAUCAUUUGUGUCAAUUUUAAAUCAGGUGUAACUCGUGAGUGACAAGUAUGCACUUUAACUAGGUUAGCUUUGGGCCGUAUUUAAAUUUUACCUCUUAAUUUUUAGUAUCUUUAGUAUUGGAGAAUUUUCUUUGUAUGGGAAUUUAGUUUCCCCCAAUUAUUCUCCAGUCAUACCCUUUUUGUAUUUUCUGUAAUUUAUUUACUUGUAUAUUAGCAUGACAAAGUAUUAUUAAACUUAAACUUAAACUUAAGUACACAGCACCAGUCAGGCAACCAGUGUCUAAGGAGUAAAGGAUUUGAUCAGAAAGCUGAGAAGCGGCAGUUACAGUAGAUGAUUUCAAUCUAAAUCCAAACUGGUUCGGUGAAAUUAAAUUAUUCUCAGUUAGGUAGGCAUACAGCUGAGUAUGAACCACCUUCUCUUGGAGUUUGCUCAAGGUCGGCAAAAUGGAGAUCGGACUGUAAUUAGAAGCAUCCUGUUUAUCGCCCUUUUUGAACAAGGGUAAAACCUUCGCUUUUUUCCAUAUAAUAUAGAAGGAAAAGAUCUUGUUUGAAGAGAUAAAUUAAGCAGAGCUGUUAAAGAAGGAGUAAUAACAUCUACAGCAUCUUUUAGGAGACGUGCACUGAUUUUAUCAAGACCAACCGCCUUAUUUAAGUUCUUAAUAGAUUGAUAGAUCUCCAACAAAAUCUUCACUAAUCGGUUGUAAUGAAAAGGUAGAAUGACAGUUCCUAGUUUUAGCUGUAUACGGCUCAGGAACAAACUUUUCCUCCAGGGAUUUCCCCACGUUCACAAAGAAAGUAUUAAAAGCCGAGACAAUAGAAUGGGCUGAGGUGAUGAGGGUGCCAUCAGCUAGCAGACUUGUAAUUCUAGAGGACGUUUUACCAGAGGGAAGAGUUUGUUUGAAAGCUCUCCAAAAGUCUUUAGCGCCUGAUUUACUACUGUCUGUUAUUACGUUAGUGUACAGGGCGUACCUGACUGUAAGCCAGUUAAGCACGGGCCUAAAAGAUUUUUCUGGGACUUCUUUUCUUCGAACGGCCAAAUUAAAAAAAAAUCAAUUUUUUUUGGUGUGUUGUCAUAUUCCAAAAAAGUUUGCAGAAAGAGUCAUUGAUGGUAUGAAGCUCCUCAAGACAGAGUCCUGCCGCACUCCUACACUGUACUUCUACAUUCAAAGUCUAGACAGGCGUCACAAAACAGUGCAGGGGGCAUAAUCAAGCAACGUAUACCACAAGCAAUAUACGUUCAUUGCCGUAAGGCGAACUCUCUGAACUUGGCCUUCGGCCACGAAUGCGAGCAGUUCCUCAUUAGAAAUAUUUUGAGUACGUUGCAGCGGAUUGCUUUCUCGUUUGACUAUUCUUCGAAACGCAUUUUGGCGUUCCAGGAAUCCUUUGCUGAUAAUGAUGCUGUUAGAGAGGAAAUGCAAAGAAGAACGAAGCUAUGCACAUUGUGCGACACUCGUUGGGCGAGCAGGGCAGAUUCUCUGUUCACCUUUCGUACAGUAUUCAGGGUUGUCGUGCAGGUUUUGGAGAGCCUUCCUUCGGGUGGAGACUGCAAGGCAAGGAUUUACCUAUGAUCAAUAAGACAUUUUGACUUUAUAAUUUGCCUCUGUGCAACAGAGCAUGGCAGUCUGUCUCAGACAGUUGCCCUAUCAAACAUGCUUCAAGGCAAAAACCAAGACGUGAUUGAAGCAGCAAACAAAUCUCGGGUUGUGAUUAAUGUACUUCAAGAGGGGCGAGAUGAAAAGAUGUUGUGGGACGAGCAGUUGGAAAGAGCAAAGGAAAUGGCAGGGGAGUGGAACAAUGAUCAGCGAAUAACGCGUCUGACAGCAAAUCAACACACCCAAACAGUACUGGCGAAGAGCACUUUACUUAUCUCUAGCAGAUCACUUGAUACAAGAGCUCAGUGA